CGAGCGCGAUUUCCUAGUUUUCCUCAGUGCCCCAAAGUUAAUACCAGUGCUCGAUAGUGUACGCGGAUUCACCCCCUAUAUGGACCCAAUGCGGCAUUACUCUAGGUGACGCACUCGCUCAAGGGUUUAUGGCGCUGAGGGGAUCCGGAGCGGUGCAGCAGCGGGCGAUCGAGACGUUGACAUGCUGAAGGAAGAAAGCCACGUGGGCUGAGCCUACCCACAUCGGCGGCACUGCCUCUCUGAAAAGAUGUCCUAAUAUGGGUCAGCCUUGGAUGCUGGUUCGUGCGGCUGCUAUACUACUCGUGACGAGGCAAACACUAGCUCUUUCCGACAUCUUCGAAGAAGGCAAAUCCGACAAGGAAAUCCUGGAUAACCUUUUACGGGCCACACGCUACGACAAGAGGCUGUUGCCUCCUGUUAGAGAAUCUUUAACUGUCAACGUCAGUGUCUUGCUGCUGAGUCUAGCAUCACCGGAUGAAUCUAGUUUGAAAUACGAAGUGGAGUUCCUGCUGCAGCAGCAAUGGUACGACCCGCGGCUGCGGUACUCGAACCAGAGCCAGUACAACUACCUGAACGCGAUCCACCACCACAGCGACAUCUGGCUGCCUGACACAUAUUUCAUAAUGCACGGGGAUUUCAAGGACCCGCUCAUCCCCGUACAUUUCUCCCUUCGUAUUUAUAGAAACGGGAGCGUAAGUUACCUCAUGCGGAGGCACCUUAUAUUAUCCUGCCAAGGAAGUUUAAAUAUAUUUCCUUUCGAUGAUCCUAAGUGUACGUUUUCGAUGGAAAGCAUAUCGUACGAGGUAUCAUCUAUAAAGUAUGUAUGGAAGAAUGCUGAAGAAGUGCUUAGAAAAUCGCCGAGCUUGACGACGCUGAACGCUUACCUUAUAAAUAAUGCAACCUCCGUUUGCCCGCAGAAGUCGAGUUGGAGGGGUAACUACAGCUGUCUUAUGGUCGAAUUGAUAUUCACGAGGGACCGCGCCUUCUAUUUCACAACAGUUUUUAUACCGGGUAUCAUAUUAGUGACGUCAUCGUUUAUAACGUUCUGGUUAGAAUGGAACGCAGUGCCUGCUAGAGUAAUGAUCGGUGUAACAACAAUGCUCAAUUUUUUCACAACCUCAAAUGGAUUCCGUUCCACGCUACCUGUCGUAUCGAACCUCACCGCGAUGAAUGUCUGGGACGGAGUGUGCAUGUGUUUCAUUUACGCAUCAUUGUUAGAAUUCGUGUGCGUGAACUACGUGGGGCGCAAAAGGCCCCUCCACAACGUCGUAUACAGGCCGGGAGAAAAUCCUGUCACACAGGGCGAGUGGCCCGAAAAGCUUUUGUCAGUGGCUCUCCUCAUAAGAUUGUACGUUGUUUGGUCUGUCAUGUUGCAGCGACUGCCCGCUGUACUCAGCAGGAUAGGCAUUAUACUGGCCAGUCCCUUGGAGACUGCAGAACAAGAAUAUUAUUCCACAUUCUGUGAAAGUCCCCGAAUGAGAGGCGACAAAAAGCGGGAAUCGACAGUGCCCAAUGAAAUCGUCUCUUGCACCAAUUGUGGACCAAAUCCUUGCACCCAUGCUGCCAACAACGGUUGCGCUGAGGCAUGUGUAUUGCAGGUGAGAAAAAAGGAGCCCCCGCACCCUAUCCGAGUGGCAAAGACUAUCGACGUGAUCGCCAGGAUAACUUUCCCGACAGCGUUCGCGGUUUUCCUGAUUUUCUUCUUCUACCACUACAAAAGCUUCACAAAUGGCACGCACGAAACUAAUAACGACUAAGUGAUAACCUGGGACGGUAAUACCUAAGUACAUAUCAAUAGUUCUUAAACUACCAGUGAAUGGCAGUGUACUUAAAUAUAGUGUACUUGAGUAUUUUACAGUUUUAAUAUAAUUUUUUUGCAAUUUUUGCAUAAUGGUUCGCAAAACGUGUAGCUGUAUCAGCACUGUACAUAAAGAAAUAUUUUCAAGAUAAUUUAUGUAUACCCUUACACGUAUUCUCUAUUAGGUAGUUUUUAAUAUUGUAUGGAAAAAAAAACUGCAAUUACAUUAUUAUAUAUUGUGAUAUUACCAAUUCGCGGAUGACGUUUGUUGAUCGUAAUAUAAAAAUAUUAAAACUACUUACUACUUAUAAAAACCCCUAAAAUAUAAGUAUCCACUUGUGUCUAGUGGAAUUUUGUUUUGAACCCAAUGCAAGCGAGAAUAUUGGAUUCUACCAAUUCCAAUUAUGUUAUAGUUUAUUUUAUAUUUAAAGCAAAUCAGUACAUAUUUGCCAAAUAAACGCAAUUCUUGAUUCUUGAUCUAUAUAACUAAAGAGAAACAUGUUUUUCUCGAAUGUU